AUGGCGCUUCACAGACUUCUAAGCCGUCGCGCAGAAGGGGGGCGGGGCGCCAGGCGCCUCGGGGAGGCGCGGGCCUUGGUCUCCAACGGAUCCCUGGAGGAGGCCUCCCAGGAGCUCCAGGAGGCCCGGAGGCCGAGUUCUUCACAGCAAGCGAACAUCUCCAUUCUCCGCGGCAUGCCGGAGGUUGCCAUCGCCAAGGAGGCCCUAGAGUGCCUCCGGACCACCGGCAACAGCCACGAGCUGGCGCUGGCGCAGGCCCUGGUGGCCAAGAUGAGCAGGGCCGUGCCGCAGGCGACAAGGGCGGCCGCCCCACCGCAGGCACAGGCGCAGGUGCCGGGAAGUGCGGCCGGCGCCGCGCCGGGCACCACCGCUGUGGCACCAAAGCCGGCUCAAAUCGACAAGAUGGCUCUGGCUCUGCCGGAGCGCGUGAAGUACACGCUCACUGAGCUCGUGGCCGAAGCCAUCGGCCAAGAGGGCAUGGAAGAGGACCGCACCUUGAUGGAGACGGGGAUGACCAGCAUCGCCAGCAUCAUGCUCCGUGACAAGAUCCAGGCAGAGUUUCCGGAGAUCCCGGAGAUGGAUCUUACAUUCGUGUUCGACUACCCCACCAUUCGUGAGAUGACCGGCUUCGUCCUGACCCAGCUUCCAAACGAUGCCUGA